AUGCUAAAUCUCUGUUUCAAAGAUAAAGGGAUCACCUUCCCUCUUACUGAACAUCACAUUGUGACCUUUGUUUGCUGGUUAAAUAGCAGGAAUCUUAGCGUCGCUACGAUUAGUUCUUAUCUAUCUGGCCUUCGCCAGCUACACAUAACCAAAGGUUUACCCGUCCCUAACAUCAGGUCGGAUCUCAUUAAUCAAAUCCUCACAGGAAAGAAGAAUGUAGACUUCAUUUACCCUGUUGUCAAACCCACUCGAAUCCCUAUCACACCCACCAUUCUCAGAAUCCUGAAGACACAGAUUAAUAGCGAUAACCUACCUUAUCACGACAAGAGGCUCCUUUGGCUCAUCUGUACCCUUGCUUUCCAUGGCUCCUUUCGUAUUGGAGAACUACUUACCAAGAGUCCCGUGUCUUUUGACCCUAGCUAUACACUGCUCUGCGGGGACAUUGGAGUAAAUGUCACCUAUAUUGACAACGUACCUGUCAAGUUACUGGAGGUCACACUCAGGCACUCUAAGUGCUCUAAAAACAAAUCUGUGGUCAUUGACAUCUAUCCCACUAACAGUGACCUGUGCCCUGUACGGGCUUACUCCAAAUGGUCUAAUACCAGAGUUGGUUCUCCUAGGUUACCAGCUUUCAGACUGAGCUCUGGGAAAUCUCUAACACCUUACAACUUUAAUUCAAAGCUACGGGUUUGGCUCAAGGAUUACAUAGACUUUUCUGUAUGCUCCGUCACCGGACACUCCUUCAGAGCUGGGAUCCCUUCAAUCCUGGCCACCAUGGGGUUCCCAGACAAAGAUAUUCAAGCUGCCGGCAGAUGGUCCAGCAGGGCCUUUGAACUUUAUUGUAAACUUCCCAGGACCAAGCGGAUUGCCAUGUCAAGAGCCCUUGGGUUUUUACAACCUGAGCGUUUCAGUGGGACAGAUUCGGAUAAUCUUUCCGGCAUUCACACUGAUGCUCCUAAUCUCAGAUCCCAGCUACAGAGUGAAAUAGGUCGGUUUGUACGUGCUCCGGGCAGUAACCCUAGUAACCCUGUUGUACAGAACCCCGCUAACUCUAUCAGGCUGGUCCAUGCGGAUACUAAUUCUGACUCGUCAGUUGUGACUCAUCCGACAACCCGGAAAAGGAAAUCUAAAUCUUCCUCUGUUCCUCAUACCAGGAAGAAGAAAAAGAAAUCUAAGAAAUCUAAGAAAUCAAAGAAGGCAACUGUCAGUUCCUCUGGUUCUUCUUCUUCUGAUAGUUCCUCGUCCUCAGACUCUGAUGAAGAUGAUGACAACCCUGGAAGCAACUGGAACGUCAUGCAUUCUCUCUGGCCAGCUGAGAAAAGACCUCUAGCCCUACAAGAUAAAGCCAGGUUUAACUCUAUGUCCCUUGAAAAUAUCAUGGCACUGGCCCAGUUUGAUCGUGAGAAUGCCAAAUCCGUCGAGAGUGACCUCUCUUCUUCUUUUACCAGGGACAAAAAACCUCCUCUCGUCAAAUUCAAAAAAGAAAAGGAUGACGGGUUCAAACUUCUCCACUCUGCCAGGUUUCAAAGGUACCCCUUGGGAGAUAUCAAAGACUGGUACAAAAAGGUUCCCAGAGUCCGCAGCCAUCAGUACAAGAGCCUUCCCCUUCAGUACAGCGGCUCUAAUAACAAAGUGACUCAGCGCACUAUCCAGCAGCUACAUGACCGUACCAAGUGCCUCUCAUUCAAGCACUUCCACUCUGGAAAUAUAAACGUAAGCUCCAAACCUAUACAGAAAAUUGAGAAAAGGGAUGAAAAUGGUGUGUUUUCCUCUCUUGAUUUUAAUUGGGAGGCUCCUGUUAACCUAGCCCAAGUUGCUGAUGCUCUCCUGAAUUAUGCCACCAUACUACUUCAUAUAUGGCCUUAUGAUCAAACAGGCCUCAUCAUUCUCAGGGUAAUUAACAAAUACAACUACUUCUCCUGUGCCAACUCCUUGACCGAAAGAGUGUCCCUGGUCUCGUCUUUUUUCAACACUGUUCUGCGAGAGAAUGCCACCAGAGCUGGACGGAAGUCAGCUCCGAUGAGUUUCUCUGAACAAGAAGAAACUUUGAAAUCAAUCCUCACCUCUUCCGGCUUUAGCACUGCUGUCCCCACCGGAAGGAACCCUAGACCUGAGUCAGAGAAGUUUAAGUUCAACCCCGCUCCUAGGCCUCAGUUCUCCAACUCCAACAUCAACUCAAACCCGAACCGCAACAAGGUUGUCAUGGUCGGCUCUAACCCAAUAUGCUUUAACUACAAUAAUGGCUUCUGUAGGAAUGCUGGCACUGCUACAGGUUGCAAAGAUAUGAAGAACAAACAGUACGUGCAUCAAUGCAACAAGUGGUUAGACGCCAAACAAUCUUACUGUUUUGCUAAACACUCGCGCUCAGCUUUUCACCCCUAAUAAUAUUUUCUUGAUCCUAAUCAUGGUUUACUAAUUAAUCACU